GUAAUGCAUCCGCACUACACGAGAAUGUGCACUGGAAAACAUACAGGAUGUUGGUCUAAACAACGGAUGCAUACAUUAACCGACUCACUGAUCCAAAAACCGAAAAUCACGAGAAACAAUAUUUCUGGACAUAUGACAGUAGUUCCAUCCGGACAAAUGCAGGUUGAAAAUCUGGCUUGUAAUCCUUCAUGACUGUGUGUCAUUUUACUCAACAACAGGAACGGUGCCUCGAACUACACUGCAACACUGAUACACGGUGAUUAAUUGAUAGUAAUAAUGGCGAUGUCAAAGAUUAAAGAUGAUUUGGAGACAAAAGAGUCCGAUGAAAUUCGUGAAAUGUUUUGUGAACACUGCGACAAUGAAGGAAAAUAUGCUGCAGCAGAUGGAUUUUGUGCUAACUGUAAUGAGUUCAUGUGUAGCGUAUGUUUGAAGUACCAUAAUAAGUAUAAAUCUGAACACAUCACCCAAGAUAAGGAUCAUAUGCCACAGGAUUAUUGUUUUGAGAAAUGUUCAAGUCAUCCCGAUAAAUGUAUAAAAUUCUACUGUCUGGAAUGUUACAAAUUUGCAUGUUUGAAAUGUGUCUCAAUCAACGGCAGUACUUCGCACGAACAUCAUUGUAUAUCACAAACAUGGUCGCCAAUUCACACAGUUGUUCAGAAUACUGUGGAUGGAUCGUAUACUCUUAUACAAGAAGAAGUCGCUAAUACCACAUGUGAUAUAAAUAAAAUUGAAAACAGAAUCAUUUCCAUGAGACAGAAACGGCACAAAAGCAAUGAACAAGUCCGAGAAUCAGUUAAAUUACACAGAAAGGACAUAGAAAGACGGAUAAUUGAACUUGAAAGGCAGUUCUUAAGGAAAGUCGAUGAAAAAGAGUACGCUUCUAAUGCCAACUUAGAUUCUGUUUUGUCAGAUGUUACAGCUAUGAAAGUUCAAAUCGAAUCUCUUGCAUCUUAUCAAAACAAACUUCAGCAGUCAAACAAUCGCUGUUCGAAAUUUAUUGCGAUGAAUGAAUGUAAGUCCAGCGUUCUUUCUGUUCGGGAUGGACUUGUUAACUUAGAAAAUAAACUUGUUUACAAAGAUUUUGCUUUUGAUACAACAGAAAGUCCAAAAUUUGACGAACGAAACUUUGGAUCUUUUGUACCUGUAAAAUCCAAACAAAAACUUACCGCUUUUCACAAGUAUAAUCUGGAUGUCGCCGAAUACUUAAUCUGGAUUCUGGCAGGAAGUAUAAAUGAUCUAAGUGAGUACAACGGAUUACUUGUAGCUGUUGUAAGGGCAAGCAAAACGAUUGUUCUUCUUGAUCCUACCAAGCAAAAGAUAUUGUCAAAAUAUACUGCAACGUCAGAUCCAUCACGGUCAGCUUCUUUAAAUAGAAACCGAGUUGCAGUGACAUUACCCGAUAUAGGCAUAAUUCAGAUAUUGUGCAUUUCAGAGUUAGAACUGAAAAAGACAUCAGAUAUAAAAGUUGAAAAAGGUUGCUGGGGCAUUGUAUAUAAUACACAUCAAGAUUGUUUAUACGUGUCUUAUUUAGAACCAGAGAGCAAGGUUGUAGUAUUAAAAGAAACUGGAGAAAUACUUAGAGUUUUGGACACAGACAUCUUAGGAAAUAAACUGUUUAUUAGCCCAAGAAACAUCGCUCUCAAUUUUAAUGAAAGGUCCUUAUAUGUGUCUGAUACUGGCAGAGAUAUGGUUAUUAAGACAAGCCUCAAUGGCAAGGUAGAAAACGUUUACAAGGAUAAAGAUCUGAAAUAUCCGCGUGGAAUAGCAGUAGACGAAAACGGAUCAGUUUUUGUUUGUGGUGAAAAUUCAAAUAAUAUUCAUCAGUUAUCAUCAGACCUGUCAAAAAUUGGCAUAGCUAUUGAAUCAAAAGAUAUUCAGUCGCCUCUCAGCGUUGCAGUUUUUAAUUGUAGGGCAUCGAAGUGUUUGUUUUUAGGGAUGACUUCUAAUACAAAGAUCGGAGUAUUCUCACUCAGUUAAAACGUAGUCAACGGAAUUGGAUUCCAUCAACUACAAGACUCAUAUUAUACAUACAAUUUAUCGAAUAUCAAUGAUCAGUUAAAACAGUACUUUUUAUUGACAGUUGUAAUACAACCCGAUUUAUAUCCCUAUUAAACGAAGACGGCUGUGCCUGGUAUAAUUAGUAUGCAACACAUGCACCGAUUGUACGUCAUUGUCAUUACGUCAUAGCGUCCGACGUCAUAGUAGCGCGUCGGAAAAGAAAACUGCGCAAAGCAGGCAAUUAUUUGGCGAAUAUCUUAUGAGAUUACAAUCCUUGAAAAUGUGUUAGAAUUGAAAUAAUAUAACAAACAUUGACUUGUUCUAAAAUAAAGUUAUUGUUUGUCGUGCAGAGUUUAACCCAGGGUUCAUUUAACCAAGCUUUAUACAAUUGGGUGCAGAUGUAUAUUUUGUUACAUCACUCUGGCUGUGCCCACUUGAUAUAAUUCCUUCACAUCUGCACUCCAGGCAGUAUUUUUUUCUACAACAAAACACAGUUUGGUAUAUAUUAUUUCUUUAACAAUAUUUUUAUUAAGUCUAUACAACUUUUAUACAAUCCUGUUUUUUUUUAAUAUGAUUAUUGUUGUACAUUCAUCAUACAAAUGUAACAUAAAUAAACAACUAUUAAAGUA